AUGUCCAGAACCAUACUUAACAACAUCCAAGAAUUGCCAGGCGAUGCUUUAUUCGCUAUCAAACAACGUUUAGCUGAAGACCCUAGAUCUGCUAAGGUCGAUUUGGGUAUUGGUGCCUAUAGAGAUGAGGAUGGUAAACCAUGGGUAUUACCAGCUGUUCGUAAAGCUGAAACAUUGAUCCAUUCUGACGCAUCUUUCAACCAUGAAUAUUUGGGUAUUGCCGGUUUACCUGCUUUGACUUCAGGUGCAGCCAAAGUGAUCUUGGGCGAUGAUUCAUCUGCUUUGGCUGAGAAAAGAGUUGUUUCUGCUCAGUCUCUAUCCGGUACUGGUGCCUUACACAUUGCAGCUAAAUUCAUCCAAAAGUUCUUACCUGGGAAGUUGUUGUAUGUUUCUGAUCCAACCUGGGCUAACCAUGUCUCUAUCUUUGAGUCACAAGGUGUCAAAACUGCUACGUAUCCUUACUGGGAUGCUGCUACCAAAUCUUUGGAUUUGGAAGGAUUUAUCAAGGCUAUAGAAUCAAGUCCAAGAGGCUCCGUGUUCUUGCUUCAUGCUUGUGCUCAUAAUCCAACUGGUUUGGAUCCAACCGAAGCUCAAUGGGAGAAAAUUCUCAGUGCCUGUGUGAAGAAUGAUAUCAUCCCAUUGUUCGACUCUGCCUACCAGGGUUUCGCAUCUGGUAGUCUAACGAAUGAUGCUUUUGCCGUCAGACUUGGUGUGAAGAAAUUCGCUGAAUCUGCUCCAAUUUUCAUCUGUCAAUCAUUUGCCAAGAAUGUUGGUAUGUACGGUGAACGUUGUGGAUGCAUUCAUUUGAUUGUUCCAAGACAAGAAUCUAACGUUAAUGUUUCCACUAUUACCAAAGCUGUUGCAUCUCAAAUCAGUAAAAUCACCAGAUCAGAGGUUUCUAACCCUCCUGCUUACGGUGCCAAGAUCGUUGCCAAAAUUUUGAACAAUGCUGAAUUGACUGAACAAUGGCAUAAGGAUAUGGUUACAAUGUCUCAAAGAAUCACCAAAAUGAGACACUCCUUACGUGACAAGUUACUCGAGUUACAGACUCCAGGUAACUGGGAUCACAUCGUCAACCAAUGUGGUAUGUUCUCUUACACCGGUUUAACAAAGCCAAUGGUGGAAAGAUUAGAAAAAGAACAUGGUGUAUACAUGGUUGCUAGUGGUAGAGCUUCCAUUGCUGGGUUGAAUGAAAAGAACGUUGAACAUGUGGCUAAGGCUAUUAAUGAAGUCGUUCGUCAUUUCAAUGAAUCAUCCAAAUUAUAA